AUGGUGCCGGUGAUGAAACAUUGGGAAACUCUGGUGGAAUUAUGCAAAAAUGAAAUUAAAUUGAAAAAAGUUAAAUGGAAGCAUGCCAUGAUUUUAUAUGUUGUGGGUGAAUCCCUACCUAUAGGGGCUUUGGAGAGGUAUAUUGUAGCAAAUUGGAACUGUAUUUCAAAAGCAAAAGUGUAUUAUCACAACGAUGGAUAUUUUUUAGUGAGGUUCCAAACGUAUGAAGAUAGAGAUGAACUGUUAUAUGCCGGUCUACACAUGCUGAAAAAUAAGACCAUCAAUGAUAAGAUUUGGACAUCUGAUAUUGAUUUGAAGAAGAACGUGAUGCAAACUUUGCCUAGUUGGUUCAAGUAUCCAAAUCUGCCUCUUAACUGUUGGGGAGUGCAAUCGCUUAGUCGAAUCAGUAGUGCUUUGGCAGUUCCCCUUUAUGCAGAUGAUUGUACAACACAGGUGGAUCAUAUCUCCUACGCGAGGGUGCUAGGUGAAAUAGAUAUCAUCAAAACACUCUCUAAGAAAGUUAAGGUGGCUGACACUAAAGGGAGAUUGUUCAAACAGGAAGUGAUCUAUGAAUGGGUACCAGCUUAUUGCCCUAAAUGUUUACAAGUUGGACAUAAAUGCGAAAUAGUGGAACCAGUGGUGAGUAAACCGAUGGAAGUGACACAAAUGCAAUAUAAAGGCCAGCCGCAAAAAGGGGAAUGGCUCCCAAGACCAGCUGGAAAUGAAACGAGGGAAUUUUCUAAGCAGAACCCCAAGGAAGUACCCCCUGAGGUGCCCCUUAAGAAGCCAGAGAUGAUUAAUAUUACAGUUACUCCAAAAACUGAUGUUGAAUGA